UCCUUCAUUUUUUUUUCCUUAUUUAUUCUCUUCAUCUGUCUUCAUUCUCAACAUUAUAUGCCAGUCCCCUUCCAUGGAACCCCAACCCUGCCAAACCAUGGAUAACCCUAAACCAUUAUCGGGCUUUGCAGCCACCACUCUCCAGAAAGUGAGAAACAAUCUGGCUUUUCGAUCCAAAUGGUUAGAAGUGAAUGGUGCAAUGGGGGAUUUAGGCACAUAUAUUCCCAUAGUUUUGGCCCUGACACUAGCCAAGGACCUCAACCUCGGCACUACACUCAUCUUCACAGCUAUCUACAACAUCCUCACAGGCGCCCUUUACGGCCUUCCAAUGCCGGUACAGCCCAUGAAGUCGAUUGCUGCAGUGGCUAUAUCAAAUGGGUCAAGCUUUGGGAUACCUGAGGUCAUGGCCGCUGGAAUCUGCGCUUCUGGGGCUCUGUUUCUCCUGGGUGUAACUGGGUUGAUGGAGACGGUGUACAGGCUCAUUCCUUUGCCUGUUGUGAGAGGAGUUCAGCUCUCACAAGGGUUGUCUUUUGCUAUGACUGCGGUGAAGUAUAUUAGGAAAGAGCAGGACUUUUCCAAGUCUAAGUCUGGUGGGGAGAGGCAUUGGGUUGGGCUGGAUGGCUUGCUUUUGGCUCUUGUAUGCGCUGUUUUCAUAGUAGUUGUGAAUGGGGCAGGUGAAGAGAGCAGAGGAGGAGGGAGUGAUGAUGAUGGUCGUUUGGGGGGUGACGAAGAGAGGCCUGGGACGAGGCGCAGGAGGAGGUUGAGGAGAAUCAUAUCUUCUCUUCCUUCUGCUUUUAUUGUUUUCUUGUUGGGUGUGGUUUUGGCUAUUGUGAGAAGGCCUCAUGUGCUGAAGGAGAUGAAGAUUGGGCCAUCCCCUAUCAAAGUAGUGAAGAUAUCCAAGCAUGCUUGGAAGGAGGGGUUCAUCAAGGGUGCAAUCCCCCAAUUGCCUUUAUCGUUGCUAAACUCUGUGAUUGCAGUAUGUAAGCUAUCAUCCGAUCUUUUCCCAGAGAAGAACUGCUCAGUGACAUCAGUGUCAGUGACUGUUGGGUUGAUGAAUUUGGUGGGGUGCUGGUUUGGAGCCAUGCCAUGCUGCCAUGGUGCAGGGGGGCUAGCUGGGCAGUACAAGUUUGGGGGAAGGAGUGGUGGGUGUGUGGCACUUCUUGGUGUAGCCAAGCUGUUUUUGGGAUUGGUUCUGGGGAGUUCUUUGGCAAAGCUGUUGAACCAGUUUCCUGUUGGGGUAUUGGGUGUUCUGCUGUUGUUCGCAGGCAUUGAACUAGCCAUGGCUUCUAGGGACAUGGCUUCCAAGGAGGAGUCUUUUGUGAUGCUCUUGUGCGCCGCGGUUUCACUGGUGGGGUCAAGUGCAGCCAUUGGGUUUGUGUGUGGGAUUAUUGUGCAUUUGCUUCUUAGGCUAAGAAAUAUGACUAAGGAUCAGACAUGUUCUACAACAUUUGGGAACCAAGCCUAGUAGUACUUCAUAGCAAUUCCACCUUCUCCUACUUCUUAAAUAAGCCUUCUAGCUAUGUUUUCCUUCUAUUUUCCUUUUUCCUAAUUUUCGAAAAAGGCUUGUAUCUAUGUUUUCCUUCACCCUAUCUCUUUCUUUUUACUUUUCCUUCCUGUUUUCUCCCCUUCACAUUUUCCCUCAAACUUUCUAAAACCAUACUUAGCCUGAAAGAUCAAAGCUCGUACAACAAAUCAGUGUGCUAAAAAAACCGAAUAAGCCCAUCUAGUGUGGGCAGUGUAAUAACCCCAUCUAGCAAAUGAAAGCAAGCCCAAA